UGCGGCCAGAGUUUGCGAGUAACACCGUCUCGCGAUCAUCAUCAGACAGUUGGCCGGCAACCACGGUGGCGGCGUCGCUAAACUGAACAAACAAACACACACACACGGAACACACAUAAUAUACACACACACAGAUUCGCAAUUUCGAGAUCAAAACAAGGUAACAGUGCGAUACGGAAGGGCCGUCGAAAAAUCAGCUUCCGGUCGGUUAUAUGCACGUUUCGGUAUUGGCGCGCACAUAGUGGAUACUCGGCCGCCGAGUGCUGAUCCUAUUACGCCGAAAUUAUAUCAUCUACGUAUGAACCUAGGACAACAGUUUAAAGCUUGCCACCGCACGUCGCCUACCUCGAUGUGUUCAGCUGCGUUCGCGGACCCAUCUUCUUUUCUAUGAUUGCGAAGGUCCCGCACGACCAUCAUCGACUUGUGUUUUGUGUUGGUGUCCUCCACGUUUCUUCGCAGCAUCGAGACAGGCCGGAGUUAGCGCUACUACGCACUGUAUAAUCAAUGACAGAAAGUAGCCGUUCUACGAAGACAUGGGAAGUGAGCAUUACUGCCUGAGGUGGAACAAUCAUCAGAGUAACCUUCUAGGAGUAUUCAGCCAGCUUCUGCGGGACGAGAGCCUAGUCGACGUUACUUUGGCCUGCUCGGAAGGUCAUUCGAUCCGCGCCCACAAGGUAGUCCUGUCGGCCUGUUCCUCCUACUUCCAGACCCUCUUCAUAGACCACCCCAGCCGGCACCCCAUCGUCAUCCUCAAGGACGUGCGUUUUUCCGAGCUGCGCACCCUCAUCGAGUUCAUGUACAAGGGCGAGGUGAACGUGGAGUACUGUCAACUCUCCGCCCUGCUCAAGACGGCCGAGAGCCUCAAGGUGAAGGGCCUGGCCGAGAUGACGCGAGACUGCAAGACUGAAAACGAACAAAACGAGCCCACGGAGCUGGUGACGAGGAAGCCCCCGCACCAGCUCCUGAUGCCGGUCCAGCCGCCCGUCGCUACGAUAGUGAGGCACGAGGAGGAGGCUCAGGAGCAGAUCGGGUCGUCGCCGGUGAUGUGCAAGGAGUCCCCGGACAGCGAGAAGGAGACAGCGUCCAUCUCCAACGAGAACAUGAGGAGCGAGAGUCCGAUGAUGUGCGGGGAGGAGGAUGUGCCUAAUGACAUGACGAUACACAACAACACGGCUGUGACGUCGUCGCAUCUACCGCCGCCAUCUUGCGGUAGGCUGUCGCCUCAGAUCAAAACGGAGUCCCUACCUGGGACGUCCCUGCUGCCGCCGGUCCAACAGGUGCCUCUGAGUCUCAAGAAAGAAGUUGACUGGGGUGGAGGAUCAGAUGAGAAAAAUACUAAAGAUCCACCGGAGUUUUCUCGAUCACAAGAUCAGGAAAUUCCCGCAGCCGAAACAUGCUUCAACACGUCCUCGAUAGACAAGCCGUCCAGCACCCAGAGCAGCAGAUCGUCAACGCCUUUCACCAUCCCUUUCCCGUCCUUCACCUCGUCCCUACUGGAGAUGAGCCUGCUGCACUCCGGCCUGCUCAACGAGGAGCUGUAUCGCUGUUCGUCCUGCAUGGCAGCGUUUCCGUCCGUCUGGCUGUUGGAACAGCACAACGCCUUGCAGCACAUCGGAUCGCUCAGUUCCUUCGACAAGCCGUUCAUCUGCGAGCAAUGCGGCCAGAGUUAUAGGUAUCGAUCAGCCUACGUCAAGCACAGAGAGCAGAAUCACAGAGCCAGGCUGCCAGCAGACAAGCUCUUUUCCUGCGACGUCUGCGGCAUGCAGUUCCGUUACCUCAAGUCCUUCAAAAAGCACCGACUCAACCACGCUUUGGAGAAACUGCACGGGAAGACGAGCGAAGCUUCUAAAGUUUCCGUUAAAAGCGAGGCCGAGGACGAAACUGCUCACGAGUCCAAAUGUGAUAACAGCAGCGAGGUUUCAAGUAGCAACGAAGUGAUGUCAAGCCAGGACAUGGUGGUUGUGAAGACUGAGGUGGAGGAGGACCGAGAGGAUAGAGAUAAUAAUUCGACUAAUGAGGGACAGAUGUCCGACGCCGAGGUGGAGAAGACAGACUCCGAGCAAGACAACACGGUCGAUUCCAUAGGCCCGCUGACCCCCUCCUCCACCAUCUACAACACGGACCUGGCGAAGAACGACCAAGACUCCCCCAUAAUGAACUUUCUGAGGGGCGACAACGCGGCGCGACAGCGAGAGAGGAAGUUCGCGUGUCCCUUCUGCGGAAAAUGCGUGAGAUCCAAGGAAAACCUGAAGCUACAUGUGAGGAAACACACAGGGGAAAGGCCCUUCGUGUGCCUGUUCUGCGGCAGGGCCUUCGGCGGUAAGAGCGAUCUGACGCGACAUCUGAGGAUCCACACGGGCGAACGCCCGUACCAUUGUGAUAUGUGCGGUAAGUGUUUCGCCAGGGCCGACUACCUAUCGAAACACCUCACCACGCAUAUAAACACGCCCCGUUAAUGUUUUGAAUUGUAAUUUGAAACCGUUCACGGAGCCUUCACUAUUGACAGGCAUUGACAGUACUCGCGAACGAUCUAUGUUUUGAUUGAACCACCAAGCGUGGCCACAGACGUCUAUAAAAAGCCUGAAACGCAAUUUGACAGCGGUUUGUCAACUUGGUUGGCUGAAGUAUACCUGAUUUUAUUCACAGUGAGUACAAAGUAACACUAAAUACAGUUAGGAAUCUGGGUGCCCAAAUUCGUACAUGAUUUGUUAGUAUGGCAGACAGAUUAAUUCAAUUUGUGUGCCAUAAGAAACCUUAAGAACUAGGUCUGCCACCGUUGCCAAGUGACAGGGCUUCAAAAUUCUGAAAAGUUAUGUCGAAUCUUCUGUUCGUGUCUGCCACUUCGACCGAUGGCUAGAAUCAUCCUCCAAAAUAUGAAAAUCAGAGAGGCAGACAUCCAGACCACUGACUUCUGUUGUCGACAAUCUUUUCUUAUGACUUAAAAGUGGGCAUAGUGAAUGUUCAAGUGGCAGACCUGGUUUUUUAAUACGGAGACACUUUGAAGGUACACAGAAAAAUGGUCUGCCAGCAUGGUAGGGCCGCGUUGUCAAUUGGCAAUGCCCUCCAUGUGGGUUGAAGGGUAGUUGAGUGUUUUUAAGUGGCAACCCUAACUAACUCACCAAUUAAGUCAUCACUGAUUAGAUAAUUUUUUAUACAAUUACUCACAAAACAUCCAAAUUCAGAAAUGAGAGAGUUUUUCAAAAAAAUAUGGAAAUACGAAUAUUGUCAACUGUCAAAUGUGGAGGCGACAUUCACCCAACAGAAAACAAUUUGUGAUAUUUUUUUUAGAUUGAUUAUAUUAUAUAUCUUUUAUAUAAUUCUCUAUACACACAACUACAAAAUAGUUACCGGUGCUAUUACAUUAUAUUAGUUAUUUAUACAGAAACAACGAAAUACAGUAUAAUCUCAACAUAACUGGAAUACAUUUUUCAUAAAAGAAAUGAUUCUUUCUGAAUAGAAUUAUAUAUUGAAUUUAAAUAAUUGUAAGCUAGAUAUAUUAUAAUGAUAUCGUUAUAUAUUUAUUGAUUCAUAGUUCACCAGUUUCGUAUCCAUUUGAUUUUUUUUACCCCAUUUCAUAGAUAUAGAUUAGAGAUACAGAAAUUUGAAUUGCGUCUACGAGUCUCAAACAACAUAUAUUUAUGGAAAUAUAUGGAACGAAUUCAACAAAUAUCGCAUUCAAUAAAUAAAUAAGAAAGUGAGACCAAUAACUGACCCAUGUGGAACACCACCGACUGUCUCUUUGCAUCCCAUUUUGGAUAUCAUCUAUCUAAUCUAUAUCUCACCUUUUUUUUACAAAGGUGACCUCUAGCCAAGACUUCAAUUUCUAAAUAAUGGUUUUUGUUUCAACAGAGUAUUAACAUUGUUGGUUUUACAGUACGUUUAAGACCUGUUGUUGAAUAAAUGUCGAUGUACCUCUUGUGACAGUUUGCCGUUACAUAGAACUGCCUACUAGAUAUAGCUAUUUUUAUACAGAUAAACGUCCAUACAUCAGAAAGUUGUUACCAUUUUAUUAUUUCCUGAAAACAAUAUGAAAUUCUCCAUUUCAUUGGUUCGUCAUGCUCAAACAUCAGAAAGUAUUUCAAUUCUGGUACCUUUUUUUCGAUAUUGUCGUCACUUCAACCCUUUUCAAAACCCUUUGAGACGCCUCUGGCCCAGGUCAUUAAAAAAAGCAAAAAACCCAAUCAGCGAAUGUUUUCGAAUGAAGUGGAGAAUGGAAAUUGUACCCUACAUGAAUUGAUAUCCGCAAAAUAAAAAAAAAAUUCAAUUUUCAAUUCCAAUUUUUCUUCAGUAUAGUGAAGGAAUGUUUAUAUUCCUCACUGAACCUAGUGGAUAUCAAUUUUUUUUAUCCUGAAAUGUUUCUUCACUCUGACCCACACCAACCAGAAAAAUAAUUUUAUUUUGCCACAUUUGUAAAUGAAUUUUAAGCGAAAGGCAAACUUCAUAGUGAAUAAUGCUUGGCACCUUUGCAAUUAUCAUAUAUUUAUGAAAUAUAAAGUAGAUCUGUAAGUUUUAAUGUGAUUGGCCAGUUUUUAUUGAAUGAAAGUAAUCGUGAAUUAUUUAACGAUAUGAAUGGGAUGAUGGCACUCUUGAUCUGGUAAAAUAAUGUCAAUUUUCUCAGUUUUUAUUGUGAAUUGGGAAGUAUUAAUCGUGAAAAUAUUGGAACAUAUGACGAGAAUAUUCACAAAACGUUUGUAUUUUUACUAAUCUCUCUCUCUCUCUUCGCUAAAUUUCUGGAAAUUUGUUGUGAAAAUCGAUGUUGCCAUGUUUUAAUUGUUUUUUCGAUUGUGAAAGAAUUUUUCCUUCUUUUAUGUUGUUUUAAUAUUCAAGAUUUCCAAUUCAUCAUAGAAGGAUCGGAUUUUGAGUCAGAAGAAAUUCUUUGUUCAUUGUGAAUUUUAUUUCUCACAAAUAUUUUUUUCUUCUCUCUUGAAGUGUGUUAAUGCAUUCUUUUCGAUAUAACUCGAUGUAUGUACCAAUGAAGAUCAAUUCUGCCAUUACCGUAUGAGAAUGAUAACCUCUACUACAUUCCCACUUGACCCUUUAAAAAGCACCCUUCAUGAUUUAAAUCUGAAUGUAGUAUUCUAACCUUAUUAUUUCAAUGAUAUUUCUUAGAAUAUUUAUCUACUGCAACCAGAGUAGGUGGAUGAAAACAACUGAAAAGUCUCUGGAGUAUUUUUGAGAGAAUUGAAAUUAAAAAAAAUGUUAAAAAAUUAAAUAAAAACACUUUUUUUUAGUCAACUGAAAACAUCUGAGAUUACACAGUGUUGUGAAAGGAGGAUAAGCCUUUCUACUCUCUCGAAAAUUCUCGGAGAAGUCCAGAUAGGUCCGAAACGUUGAUAAGUGAUGAAAGAAGUAAUAAUAUAUUAGAAAAAGAAUAAAUUUUCACUAUAAACAUGGUGCUGCAAUUGUAAAUGAAUAUGUGAUAUAGAAAUGUGGUUAGUAGGAUUGUAUAAUUUAAUUAUUAACCAAUUCAAAUUUGAAAAUAUUUUUAAAUCUAUGUGUGAUGUAAGUUUAAAUGUAUUUUGAUGUUGCAGUUAUGUACCAUCGAUAAUUCUUGGUCUAAAAAAUAUAUUGAAUGUGUGUGAAAUUUCGUUCUGAUAUUUUCUAUUCCCAUACAUUAGAUCUGAAUCCCAUUAUCCUUUAUUUAAAAUAAUUUCGCGUAUAACUGGCAACAACUUCUUCGAUAAAACUCACUUCAAUGUGAAUCACGUUAAUUACUGUGAAGAAGAUUCUUGUCAAAUAAAGUCAAAUAAUUUCUUCAAGUAUUUUUUUCAACAAGUUUCGGAGUUCUUUCUUCAAUUUCGUAUAACUAAGUUCUUCCUUAAUCGUUUGUUACUUAUCAAACAUGUAUUUUCUUGCAAAUAUGAACGAAAAAAUCAAAAAUUCCUAGAUAGCAAGAUCAUUUGGUGAGUUGAACAGAUACCUGAAUUUUUCAUUUUUAGAGACCUGGAUUCAAGGAAGUUAAAAUUUUCUAUUGCCACAUAUGCAACCCUUUAGCUUGUCAGUUCUGCUGGAGGUUGCUCCUAAGCCAAGAAUACUGGCAUCGUCACCAAGACGAUGUUAGAAGAACUUUCAUCAACCCCAGGGCUUUCGGAACAACACCAAGGUCCGUCUACACGUGUAGAGCCUGCGACAUAGGCUACUCGAAGUACCAGCAUCUGAUCGACCACGUGAAAAACCACGAAGAAACGCCGCAGGUACCCUUUCGAUGUAUCGGUUGCAAGAGGACACCAAGAGAACGUAGAGAUAUGGAGGAAGAAGGUCCUCUAGAUCUAUCGAUGAAAUUUUAGGGAUUGUUGAAUGCUGUUGUUAUCUGAUCAUUGAAUGAUUCUUGUUUUAUUUCUAUAUUAAUCAUAUCUGAUGCAGAAUUAGUUGAAUUUUUUUGAAUGUUUCAAAGCUUUACUACUUAUUUCUCAAUUUGUUUCAAUGAAAUUUGUUCUGAUAAUAAAAUGUUCGUUAUA